CGCCAUCUGCCCGCGGCCGGCGGGGCGCCGGUGCCGCCGCCCGCCCGCUCCCCGCUGCCCGUGAGGGGCUCCCCGGGGCCCGGGCCGCCUGCACCCCCGGCCGGCCCCGCGGCGGGACCCGGCGGCCGUGGCGGCCCCGCUUGCAGGGCGUGCCGGGUGGGCCGUGCGGCCGGAGCGGGACAGCGCGGGGGAGAAGCCGGGGGAGGCGGGAGCCCGGCCCGGCCUCCCGAGCGCCUGGUUGAGGCAGAGGGACAACCAGAAGUAGAACAUGUUCUGGGUGUGGCUGCCUGUGAUUUACCCAAUAGCCAAAGUGGGGGGGGGACCACUGAGGGGGAGAGACAGAGCUCUGCUGCCGAAGGGAGUGGAGACCGAGGGCUGCAGGAUGAAGACCUCUGGAGCCUGUAUACUGUUGUGUCUCUUAGCACUCUCCUUGUCCCCAGCUGACUGGUUUCCAUGGGUGGUCAAUGGACAAGAACUGGAAAGUGCAACUGGUGAAAUUAGCACCGACUCUCUUAUCGGCACUUCCGCUGCAGCUGUCACACCACCUGUACUUCUUAGUCCUGUUCAGUCUGACAGCGAAACUACAACAGCUUCAUCAGAUUGUCGUGAAGAAAAGUUCCCUUGCACGCGCCUGUACUCUGUUCACAAACCAGUAAAGCAGUGUAUAAGCUAUCUCUGUGUUACAAGUGUGCGUCGCAUGUACAUAAUAAACAAGGAGGUGUGCUCUCGCAUUGUCUGCAAGGAGAAUGAAGUCAUGCAAGAUGAGAUCUGUCGCCAGCUGGCUGGCCUUCCUUCUCGACGUCUCCGCCGAUCUGGGCAACCCCUGCAUCUCCCUUGCAGGCAACUUCUGGAGCAGCAACGCAGAAGGCCUGAUGCUCUGUGAGCUACCAACAGUAGGAGAGAAAAAGGAAGGGAGAGAAGAGAAAUCAUCAUCCACUACCUAUAACCCAAGACAAGUCCUUCUUGUUUGUGAUUUCCCCACCAUUUCCUUGCUUCUUUGCCUUCCCCCACAUCCUCUUCUUCAGGUGCUGCAGUACAGAGUCCCCUCUCUGCUAGUCUGUCGUGGUGGCUGGUGUCAUCUUCUAAAUCUGUUGCUGAGGAUGUGGGAUGCUCCCCUUUUUUCUCUCAAACUCUUGUUUGGCAGGCCAUGAACUGCUCAUUUCCCAGAGGUCCUUAUAAAUGUGCUGCAUCUUUUCUUGCUUUGCCCCCACAGAGAGGCAGACGUGGGGACAGGUUGUAGCCCUCUCCAGCAGUACAGAUGCCCUAAGCUGCAUCUUGUGUGAAGGAGUGCAGACGUGCAGACCUUUUUGCCGCAGGGCUCCUGGCCUGGGUUUCUUUCAUGGCAUCAGUAUGAGUUUGGAUAUGGUUGAUCAGCCUGAGCCUCUCUGGUCCUCCUGAGCCACUGAGUCUGCUGUGUGAUAGCACAGCCUUCUCCCAUGUCUGCUGGCCUCAGAGAAGUGACAGAACUGGGAGAUGAGCUGUCCUCAACCCAAGGCAAACCUCAUUGUCCCUGUGUGGCAGCAGAUCAUUUAUAACUACCUCUGGGAAGCUCUUUGUCUCAAGCCCAUUGCCUCCCUCGCACACAACUGCUACCAAAAGCAGGAAUUCUGGAUUUCAUAUGGCAUUAUAUUUUUCUCAAAAAGAUUACAUCAGAACAGAGUGCUGCCUCUUCCUCUCCCUCCUCUCCUCUCCUCUCCUCUCCCCUGUUCUGUCCCUCCCUUCCCAUUGAAGAAAUCUCUUGGUGCCCAUUUCAGGCAAGUUCCAGGGAGCAGUAAGUAUGGCUGCCUCCGCUCCCAAGGCCAAGGGAGCCCCCAAAGAACCCCUGUGUAUGUCCUCGCAGUACUGGGAACUUGCAAUGAAUUAGGUUGUCCUGGUGACUUGUCUUGGUCUGGCUACCUCCACAUUCUCCAGUUGCUGAGCCUGCUUUUAAUGUCUCCACUCGAGUUCCUACCUCCUGACCCAGGAGCUCCUGUGCAAAGCAGAAGGAAGUCACAAACUGGAAUAGGAUGUGGGAGAAGAAUCAUUAUCUGGGAUCGCUGGGUUUUCCUAAAGGUUCUCUGGCUGUGCUGACCUGCACAGAGCCAGGUGCUGGUGGGGAGGUAAAUGAAUCUGCAGGUGUAAGUGCUUAUAAAGGCAGGCCAACCUGGGGAAAAGAAUUCAGUCUGGUAGCACUGGAUGUCUGUGGUCUGCUUGAGAACUUUGUUUUCCAGAUACAUGGAGAACAUUUUGAGGUAUAUGGGCAGUUUUCACUAUGAGACUGGGUAGGGUGAGUGGGGAGGGGCAAUCUGAAGUGUGUUAAUCGCUCUGUGUGACUGUUAGUGGCACGAUUCUGUGGGCCAGCGGUGCUGAGCAGUUUAGCUCACUGCACCAGAAGAUCAGCAAGACCCUGUCCCUAGGAUCUCUAAGCAUUGUUCCAACUGACAGAGAGCCAGUCUGCUGGAGCAGGCAUUCAGCCCUGUCACAUCACGUACUGUGUUGCUGAGCUGAGUACCAUUCCGCCUUGCAGGAGCACUGGCCUGCUGCACAGAGCCGGGGUCACACAGUACCGGGGACAGCUUGCUGCCCAGAGACAUCUCCGAAAAAAAAAAGAGCAAAACAAUGAGGCAGGAGCCUGUCCUCAGGACUGGGAUUUCUGCUGUAUGCAGCAAGAAGCUGGUUACAUCUUGUGUGUAGGGGAAGGUGCCCUGUGCAGACACAGAAUCGUUCCAUAAAAGGUCAAAACCGGGCACAGAUGGGCUAAAUCUCUAUAUUAAUCCAGCAUACAGGAGAAAGAAUUCCAAGUUAUGCAGUGACUGGAAUUUCGUCCUACAGACAGGGGCAUUGCACCCCUACACAGAGGGUGAUGCUCCUCUUGAGUACUCCAGAGGUUCACGAGAGUAGGGAGGGAGGAGGAGUUUCUCUGUACUGAGUGUGCACAUUUCUGUGGAGAGGAGAGCACUGAGAGCUUGAUCUCAAAGACAUUCAAGCCACUGGCAGCCACUGACUUCUGUGCUGGGAUGCCUGUGGAUUUUGCCUGCAUGGAGGAAGGUGGGAUGGAGAUGAGAUGGAGAAGGAGCUCUUGGAAACUGGGCUAGGUCAAGUCUCCACUCUGUAUUUAGAGUUGAAUGUAAGCUGAUAUAAUAUAGAUAUAUAACUGUAUAACAUAGCUACUGUACAGUAUAUAGAAAUUUAACAUUCAUACAGUUUGGAGAAUGGUUAGAAGCUCUCCUGUUGCUUGCUUUCAGCAGGGACAGGAAGAGGUGCCCCUCUCCAGGAGAACACUGUUUUAAUGCUAGAGUCCAUAUAAUGCACACAAAAAUAUUAAAAGAAAAUUUAUUUCCUGUUA